AUGUACACAGACACAUGUACAUACAUACACACAUGUACAUGCACACACACACAGACACAUGUACACACACACACACAUACAUGUACAUACACAUGUACAGAUACACACAUGUACAUACACACAGACACACACACACCCCAUAAAAAGUUGCAGUACUUCAUUGUUCACUCACAGAUCCGGGUACUGCACUCUAGGGGGAGGAAGAGAGCACAGCACACACUCCUUGCUUUGCUUUCACUGCGCUCAGCUAUUGAGCAGUCUGAUGGCUCCCAGUGCCAAUGACAGAUCCGGCCUGAGCUCCGAGCCUGCUCAGCAAAACAGCCCUGGGGGACACACUCGACCCCACCAUAAUUUCCACUCGCCAUUGGCGAGCAGGCGAGUGGAAAUUUCAAGCCCUGUACUAAUGCAUGCAUUU